AUGCAGCGAGCCAGGCUGCGGGCGGCGGCGGGUGCGGCUCGGGCAGCGGGGCCGCAAGGGGGCGCCCCUCGCCCGGACCCCGCUCCGGGCGGGCGGGGGGUGGGCUCGCGGGUCCCGCAGCGUGUCUCCACACAGCCCGGGGCCCGCACCCACGGCCAGAGCCGCGGCGCGGACCCGCAGGCUGGGAGCCUGGCGCUGGACUUGGUCCCAGACAUCUUUGCCAUGCGGGUGUUGCUGGAGGAGACCGGGGAGAUGUUCCAAGUGACAAACUGCCGCGGCGACAUGACUGUGCGUGAGCUCAAAGAGGAGCUGGACCUGAUAGCCGGCAUCCCCUUGAACCUCCAGCAGCUCCAGUACCUGGACCAAGGAGCUUUGGUGGACGACAGCACACUGAACUCCCAUGACGUGGUUCCCGGUGGAAUCAUUUCAUUAUGUGUCUGGCACUAUGAUGGAUGGACGGACCUGGUGUCGGCCGCUGUGGAAGGGGACACCAGUAAGCUGUCCUGCCUCGGCGUGGCCGAGGAGUCUCCGUGCCAAUCCGCCAACGCGCAGUACCUGGGGGAGAAGCACUGGAAGGCCUGGGUGGCUCAGAGAGCCUUCGUGGCCUUGUACAUCGCCUCGCACAGGGGCCGCGUGGAGGCUGUUCUGUACCUUCUAGAACACGGAGCCAACUGCCACGGUCGGUCCCCCAUGGGCAGGACGCCCCUGCAUGUGGCCACCGCCAUGGGCCAGUCGGACUGUAUAACCCCCCUGCUCCGGUAUGGGGCCUCCGUCCACACCAAGGACGCCAAGGGCAUGACCCCGCAGGCCAUCGCCCGCCAGCUGAACCACAGGCAGGACGAGCGGCAAAUGUUCCUGUCCUACUGGAUGGCAAAGUCCAGGAGAAAGGACCUGAAGGACUUGAACUUGAACAAAGCUUUCCAGAGUGGAAAGUUUGGGUCUGGCUCCAAGAAGUAGGCUACAGCUUAGCUCCCCCUGGGGAUGAUUGCUGAUCAAAGCUGAUUUGGAUAACUUUUGAAGAGUUCAGAUGACUGUUGGUGAG